AUGCUUCGCUCCAGUGACCGUCGUGCGGGCGUCGUUUGGCAGGAAGAUCCGUCCCGUUAUCCGCGGCACAUGGGUGAAUUCAGCGACGGGAGGUCACAUCAGUACCAGGUUCCGUGUGGAAAUGGCGAAGAUCGUCCGCCGCCCGGUAUGGCCGGGAUGCGCAGUCCCGGGCGGCCCACCAUGGAGGACCGGUACACGCAACCGCCUAUACGACCUAAUCGGCACAUACGUGGCUCCGAUCGUUACGUCGUGUAUCCGUCUCCGUCUCCCCAGCCGCAGCAUAAUGCAUUCGCGGGGUUAGAUCCCGGCCGCCCGCCUGCGUACGAUCAGGGAUGGCAGCGCGGAGCGGUUCCGAGGCAGUCGCGCGGUAGACACGAAUACCGCGACAGGGAAGCCGUGCAACCAAGCGCCCAGCAUUACCCCUCUGCUAUCGCGCGCGAAACCGAGUCAUAUGACGGGGACAAUCGCACGUCGGAUUCAGUGGACCUGCUCGACCUGAGGCUCCAGACCCACAAGCUGCGGCGCCACCUGAUGGAGAUGAAGCAGACCGCCAGAGCCUUGCAGCAGAACAUGCCGUACGCCGACCGGUCGUUUGAUGACGCCGUGCCUCACCCCCCGCGGGCUCCCCCCCAGCGCGGAGUGAAGGCGCCUACGAAAAGGAGGGAUGCAGCCAGUACACCCAAGGACUGCAGCGAGCCGUGGACUGAGGCAGCGUCCCACCUUGUUUCUGGGCUGGGUUCCAUGGUGCUGGCGGUGUGCCAGCUGGUGAGCUGCACCGGCAAGAGCGCACUGUCGACGUGCACUGCGCUGUCGCAGGGCGCCGACGCCAUCUACAACCCGAGGGCCAUCCGCCCCAGGGAACCUCUGCCGCACAACGGGAGCGAACGGCGCGUUUCGCCGAACUACAAUCGGCAUUAUCCUCGCCCGAGGUCACGCCACCACGGCCAGUUCCAGGAGCGCCCGUUCGACGGCGGCCCCCGCCAUCCCGGUAGGGCCGAAGUGCCGUCCUACAGUGGCCCUCGCCACGACCACAGCGGCCGUUGGGAGCCCCCCUACGAACCCGACGCGCCCCGAGACACGCGCCGCACGCGCACGACUAACACGGCACUCCGGCGCAUGCUGAGCCCGUCCGACCCCGGCGACUACAGCGACGCGGAAGUGGAGUUCAGCGAGGGCGCGUCGUCCUACGGGUACACCUCCAUUUGCCUGUCGGACAACAACGCUCCGCCGUACGCAAGUGAGACUGCCAGCAGCGUGGUGCUGCAGGAGGAUGCUGCGGCGGCGCCGCCGCCGCGUUUCAGGGAUUACCCGUAUUUCGACGGCUCGACCUCGUCGCGGGACAACAUGAUCUGGCGUAACCCGUCGCGUCCGUGGGCACGGCCUCCCGACGUGUUCUAUGGCGGCGUCGGCGACGUCAUGCAGGAGCCGCCGGCAGGGUAUCCUCCCACGUUCAGCAAGGAGGCCGCAAGGGAACCGGUGCGCAAGAUAAACCUGGGCGACCUCGACUACACCGAGCCCCCGUUGCCGCGGGUGUCGCCGGGCCCGGACCUGCUUCCCAGCGGCUACGACCGGCUGCCGCGGAGUUCCCCUCUGCCGAACGCGCAACCGAGCACGGCGUCGCAAAUGCCAGAACCGCACCCGCUGCUGCGCCCCUCCGUGAUAGUUGCGAGGCCGGCCGAAUGCUUGGUCGAGCCCAGGUCGCCGCUACGCCAGCAGGAAGCGGCGCCGCCAGCGAACGAGCCGACGGGCACGAACGUCCGCAGACUCGACGUAGCCACCGACCUGCCACGUCGAACCCCCUCUCCGAUCGCCCGAAGGCCGGGCGUCGCCGAGGCGCCCUCCACUGGCAACCUGCUCACGCCGCAAGGCGGUGGUGCAACGGUAGGUACGGUGGCUAAUGAGGUGAGUCGCCCCGAGGCGGACGACAGAAGCGCUGCGCCGUCAUCCGCGUUGCGGUAUGACCCCGACGAACUGCCCCUGGAGACGAACAAGUACGCCCCAAACCCCACGAUGACGGCUGAAGAGAGGUGGCUCCAGAGCGUCAGGACCCUGGCCGAGGCUGAAGCAACGUACCAGGGCGUACUCGGCCUGUCUAAAAAUGCAGGUGGAAGCGAUCACACCCAGAGCGCCGCGAACCAGGCCGACGAUGAGCACAGCGACGGCGGGGGCGACCUGGCAGAGGUCCUACGCGGCCCGCCGCAAGCGGCGCCAGCGGACCUCAAGAUCGUCAAAGUAGGAUCGCACACAAACGCCGAGGACGCCGUCAAACCGGAUAAGCGGUGCACCGCCUUCUUCAAAAAGAUAUUUAACCAGCGCAAAACGGGGUAA